CUCUACCAAACAAGUUGAAACAACCCACCAGGUAUCAAGGCGCAUCCUAUCCGGAGCAUAUACCAGCCUCGAAGCUUCGGCUACUGCUCUCUGUCGUAUUGAACAAGGCGCAAUUCUCUUUGCAAGCAGCAGGAAGCCUCUGCAGGCCAAUAAUCCUCGAUGACGUCGUCAAGGAUCGCCUCUCUUGACAUUCCUUCUGCUCUGAGCGACAGCAGACCCUCUACAUCAGGCUCGGCGGUAUCAACCGAAUCAGAAAGCGUCCAAACAUCCGCAAGAACAACAGCGAGUCAAUUGCGCAACAGAACAGAACGGCCUUCCCUGCCACUCCCUUUACGUCGUCGCACCUUCAAUGGCCGGCGAAACACGGACAAAGAUGCUAUUGAGGAAUCUGUUGCGUUGCUCAAAUUAGGCCUGGUGCUGGAUAGAGUUGAGCGUAAGCUUUCGCAGCUGGAUUUGUCCGACUUUUCUCUUGCAGACGGCAAGCUCGCCGCUGCAUAUGACACUUUGCGAACUAUCUUCAAAGACUCGGCUUGUCGUGUCGGUGGUGAAGCCAAGGGACGUGCUUUGGUAGUCAUUAAGUUAUUGGAAAGCAAGUGUGCGGCCGUUCUCUCAACAAGUCCAGAUGAUGCAUCCGUCUCAGCGGAAGAGGCCGAAGCAUCAGCCUUACCUGAACGCAUUCAUGGUGCUCGAAAGUUCCUGGAGCAUGCUCUACAUGAGAUUGAACAUUCGUAUUACGCUCGUUUCCAUGAGGGAAGGCAAUCUGUUUUGGAAAAGAUUUCGCAUUUGCAGGAGGAGAUCAGCCGAGGCUCGCAAGAAGCAGCGGCGCGUGUUGCAGCCAUCAAGCAAGCUGUUGCCACAGCUUCUACGCGGCUUUUGAGCUACUCAGAGCUGCCGUUUGAGUGGCGCAACAAUGACUACAUCAAGGGCGGGUAUCGCUUCUAUGCGUCUCCUGUUCAAUGUGCCUGCUCAGCCUUUCAAAUUCACAACGAAACAGGCAACAUUUGGACGCAUCUUGCUGGCUUCAUGUUCCUCUGUGGUGUCGGACUUUGGGCCUAUCCACGCUCACCAGCUUUCUCCGAAAUGACUUUUUACGACCGUCUCAUCUUUUUCGUCUUUCUAGCAGCAGCGUUGAAAUGCCUCGGCGCUUCAGCUCUGUGGCACACCUUCGCACACAUUGCGAACCUCAAGGCAAUGAAGAAGCUUGCGUGCAUGGACUAUGUUGGCAUCUCUGUCCUGAUUGCUGCCUCUAUCGUGACGAUGGAAUACCAUGGCUUCUAUUGCGACCCCUGGAAACAGCUCUUCUACGUCGGCUUUACAAGCGCCCUUGGCGUUCUUGGUACUAUCAUUCCGUGGUUCGAAUUCUUUGACAAGGUGGAGAAUCGCGGCUUCAAGAUUUGCUUCUUCCUCGGUAUUGCCUUUUCAGGCAUCGUGCCCAUCACACAUAUUGUCUUGUCACAGUCCGCAAGUCGGACACUUUACUUUUUCGCUCCAGUCAUCAAGUCUCUUCUCUGCUAUACAACUGGUGUAGCAGUCUAUGCUUCACGCUUUCCAGAGAAAUGGCGACCUGGAACAUUUGAUCUCUUCCUCAAUUCGCACAAUCUCUGGCAUCUCAUGGUUUUCGGUGGAAUUUGGUAUCACUUCAAGGCAGUACAGGGUUUCCACACUACGAGUCGGUCUUUUGCUUGUCAAGCUGCAGAGACUGCGUCGUACAGUGAACCUAUUCAACGCAUGGCAGGCUUGGUGGCUGCAAAGGCCGUCGAGCUGGCCUCCGCUGUCGUCCCGGCAGCUGCUCAGGAAACGGUCGGUUGGCUUGAGCGAUUUCAAAUUCAGCUUCCGUUUUUGCAAUAAUGAGGCCUGGCGACCUCUUUAAUGAUAGUGUUUCAUUAGGCUUAAAAUAUAAACGGUUAAUCGCAUUGCUUG